GGGUGCACCGGCCCCCGUGGGGAAGCCGAGACGCAGCAGAGGAAAAGGACAGGUCUAGUGCCACUCGACGAGCUAGUGGCCCGAUCCAGCCAGGCUUUCUUCUCGUUCCAUAAAAAACGUGCCGAACGCACACGAAGGGCCAGCCCCAUCGCUAGGCUCUGAGAAAACUUCGGUGACUGGUGUGGACGUGGUUGCUUCCUAUCCGGGGGGUACCGUUUAGUGGGGGGAGUAAAUUAUUAAACGCACAACCCUGCAAGUACAAGUGCGUAUUCAAGUCGUGGCCGUUACUGUGGAGAAGACAAAAAAUAAACGGGGAGCCCUGUGUUGGAGAGAAUGGUCAGGGAAGACUUCCUGGAGGAGAUGGCAGUUAGGCUGCAACUUGAGAAGUUAUGAGAUGUGAUAAUGGAUCAUCAUGUUUCCACCAUCAAACCUCGAAGGAUCCAGAACCAAAAUGUCAUUCACCGCCUGGAACGCCGACGGAUCAGCUCGGGCAAGGCAGGCACCCACUGGCAUCAGGUCCGAGUAUUCCACCAGAAUGUCUUCCCCAACUUCACGGUCGUCAAUGUUGAAAAGCCUCCUUGUUUCUUGCGUAAAUUCUCACCUGAUGGACGCUACUUUAUUGCUUUCUCUUCAGACCAGACGUCUCUCGAGAUCUAUGAGUACCAGGGCUGCCAGGCAGCCGAGGACCUACUGCAGGGCUAUGAGGGGGAGAUCCUGUCCAACGGCAAUGACCAGCGGUCGGUCAGCAUCCGCGGCCGGCUCUUUGAACGCUUCUUCGUCCUGCUGCACAUCACCAACGUGGCCGCCAACGGUGAGCACCUGAACCGGGAGUGCAGCCUCUUCACUGACGACUGUCGCUGUGUCAUCGUGGGCUCAGCUGCCUACCUCCCGGAUGAGCCGCAUCCUCCUUUUUACGAAGUGUAUCGCAACAGUGAGUCCGUGACCCCCAACCCCCGGUCCCCUCUGGAGGACUAUUCCCUCCACAUCAUUGACCUUCACACCGGCCGCCUAUGUGAUACGCGCACCUUCAAGUGUGAUAAAGUGGUCCUGUCGCACAACCAAGGGCUGUACCUGUACAAAAACAUCCUGGCCAUCUUGUCAGUGCAGCAGCAGACCAUCCACGUCUUCCAGGUGACCCCUGAAGGCACUUUCAUUGACGUGAGGACCAUCGGCCGCUUCUGCUACGAGGAUGACCUCCUCACCGUGUCAGCUGUCUUCCCUGAGGUGCAGCGGGACAGUCAGACGGGCAUGGCCAGUCCUUUCCGAGAUCCCUUCAUCAACUCCCUCAAACACCGGCUGCUGGUGUACUUGUGGCGCCGGGCGGAGCAGGACGGGAGUGCGAUGGCCAAGAGGCGCUUCUUCCAGUACUUUGACCAGCUGCGGCAGCUGCGCAUGUGGAAAAUGCAGCUUCUGGACGAAAACCAUCUGUUUAUCAAGUACACUAGUGAGGACGUGGUCACCCUGCGGGUCACGGAUCCAUCACAGGCAUCUUUCUUUGUGGUGUACAAUAUGGUGACAACAGAAGUGAUUGCUGUGUUUGAGAAUACAUCCGAUGAGCUUUUAGAGCUCUUUGAGAACUUCUGUGACCUCUUCCGUAACGCCACCCUGCACAGUGAAGUCCAGUUUCCCUGCUCAGCUUCUAGCAACAAUUUUGCAAGGCAGAUCCAGCGCCGGUUUAAAGACACUAUCGUAAACGCCAAGUACGGAGGGCACACGGAGGCAGUACGCCGGCUGCUGGGGCAGCUCCCCAUCAGUGCCCAGUCUUACAGCGGUAGCCCCUACCUUGAUUUGUCUCUCUUCAGCUAUGACGACAAGUGGGUGUCCGUCAUGGAGCGACCCAAGACUUGUGGAGAUCACCCUAUCAGAGCAGCCACCGAGUGAGUGCUUUUUGGAACUAAGAGAGAAAGAUAACCACUGGCAAACGAAGUUUUACUGGCAUACUGAGUUUCGUGGAAAAGGACCGCCUGUCACACAACCAACAAGGCAAGUGAAGGAAGGGGAGACUGUCACAGGCCUCGGAAUAAAUGGAAGAAGUUGUAAUGCAACGAAAGGCCUUGUGUGACCAAUUCAUGCAAAGCGCAGGACUAAUCAUUAAGGUGUGAACUGGUCAGAAACUUCCUGCUGACUCUGAACAGAAGUUGAUUCACUUCCAGGGGCAUGUGAUUCAAAAUAGGAAGAAAAUGAAAACUAGAACCUAAGUCGAAUGAGAAAUACUAAUGACACUGGAUGUUCUUCAGUGUGCCCCUAAUACCUCUAAAUCCAAAAAAAAAAAAAAAAAAAAAAAAGGCCUAAAAUGCUCUUUGAAUAUGUAUAUGUUUUAAGGGUACUAGUAGGGUUUGUUUUAACUCCAUACGGUAAGACACACAGAGAUGGAAAUGACUGUCAUGAAGGAAGAAGUCUGUUUUACCUACACGUCUCUAGAAAUGGGGCAGGGCAUAUCAGGCCCCAUGGGGAGGCAGCUGGGUCAAUCGGGAGGUCGAGGAGCCAGGGGAAAAUGUGGGUGAGAGCCUUUAUUGUGGUUUCUACAACAGGCAAGGCAGGCUGAGAAGGCUUGGGAUUGGCUAAUCUGAAUAAUUUCGGUGAGCUCUGCGACAUAGGGGCUGCCCCUAGUUGUCUGAUACCUGGCUCUGAGGUGAUUAGGGCAGCUGGAUAGUGGCCCAGAGUGUGAGAGCACCAUAUAGGAGGUGGUUGGGGCGUUGGCUCCGGAUUGGUUGGUGUGCGUCUAAAGGCACACUCCCAGGGAGUUGUUUGCUGUCUCUAGGAGUUAGCUGACCCUGGGAGGGGCAGUCCCUGUAAGGUCAGUGAGGUCCUAAUAGGUCAAAGCAUCAGAAAAUAAAAGGUACGGUUAAUACGGUACAAAAUGUCCUAAGUACUAAGCGUCGUCAUGGUACGAUUAUCUAGGUUCCUUUGUUAGUGCCGCAUGGUUGGUAGCCCGCUUCCAGGAUGUCCCGCAGUGAUCCCGCCUCCUCGAUUCAUGCUCUUGGGUAGUUCCCUCCCACAUUGUAUCUGGGUUGGUCUGUGUGACCAAAACGACACAAGCAGAAAUGUGAGUGUGUCACUUUCAAGCCUCGGUUUAUAAACGGCAUCUUGGGGCCAGGCUUCUGCAUCCACUCUACCCCCCCCCCCCCCCCCGCUUCAACCACUCACUCUGGGGGAGACCAGCUGUCCUGUCGUGAGGACAUUCGGACAGCCUUCCGGAGAGACCCGCUUGGCUUCUUGCUAAUUAGCAUGGGAGGGAGAUACCUUGGAAGCGGGUCCUCCGGCCUCAGUCAAGCCUGCGGAUGACUGCAGCCUCAUGAGAAACCCUGAGCAAGAACCACCCAGCCAAGCCACUUCCAGAUUCUUGACUCUCAGAAAGCCUGUGAGAUAAAUGUGGUUUUAAGCUGCUGAGUUUGGGGGGCAAUUUGCUAUGUAACAAUAUCUGAUGAACACACAUAAAUAAUGGCGUGUUUUGCAAUAUGGCACCUUAUGUUUGAAAAAGGCCAUAUUACCCUCGUUUUAUAAAUAAGGAAACUAAUCUCUGAGACGCUAAGUGAUUUGCCCAUCAUUACUAGUUAAUAGCAGGUAAAACUAAUCCAGCCUGUGUCAGAAUUCACUUAAAUCCUGGAUUUAUAGAGAUCUAAACUGGGGUUUCACUGAUUACCAAUAACAUUCACAGGGAAUUCUUACGUUUCAGCGCCUCUGUAUCCACUCCCUCCCUUAGAGGGGGAUGACCAAUAAGGAUAUUUUUUAUUAAGGUUGAAAAUCCACAUAUUUCUCCCUCUUCACACGAGUUUAUUGGUUGGCUUAUUUGUUCAUUUAUGUAUUAAAAAUGUUUUGAGGACCUACUAAGUGCCAGGAACUAGGAAUAUAAGAAUUCGUGUCAUAGCCCCAACCGUUUCUGGUCUGAAAAUGUUUCUGAAUACAGCCGUACCUCAGAGAUAGUGCCAGUUUGGUUCCCCAGCACUGCCGUAAAACGGAUAUCACAAUAAAGCAAGUCAAAUGACUGCUUUUGUUUCCCUGUGUGUAUAAAAGCUGUAUUUACACCAUGCAAUAGUCUGUUAAGUGUGCAGCAGCAUUAUGUCUAAAAAAAACAAUGCACAUACCUUAAUUUUAAAAAUGUCGCUAAAAAAUGCUGCCACCUGAGCUUUCAGUGGGCUGUAAUCUUUUUGCUGGUGGAGGGUCUUGCCUCAGUGUCGACGGUGCUGACUGGUGGCCGCUGAAGGUUGGGGUGGCUGUGGCAAUUUCUCAAAAUAAGACAACAGAGAAGUUUGCUGCAUCAAUGGACUCUUCUAUCACAAACGAUUUCUCUGUAGCUGGUGAUGCCAUUUGAUGACUUUUUCCCACAGCAGAGCUUCUUUCAAAAUUGGAGUCUUCUCAAAACCCGCCGCUGGGCUGUCAGCUGAGUGUAGGUAAUAUUCCAAAUCCUUUGUUGUCAUUUCAACAGUCUCCUCCGCCAGGAGGAGGCGCCGUCUCAGGGAACCGCUUUCUGUGCUCUUCCCAAGAAGCAACUCUUCAUCUGUUACAGUUUGAUCAUGAGAUUUCAUCAAUUCAAUCCCAUUUUCAGGCUCCGCUUCCUGUUCUCUUGCUGUUUCCACCACAUCUGCAGUGACUUUUUCUCCUGAAGUCUUGAACCCCUCAAAGUCAUCCAGGAGGGUUGGGAUCAAUUUCUUCCAAACUCCUGUUCAUGUUGGUAUUCUGACCUCUUCUCAUGAGUCAUGAAUGUUCUUAUUGGCAUCCAGAAUGGUGAAGCCUUUCCAGAAGGUUUUCAAUUUACUUGCCCAGAUCCGUCAGAGGAAUCCCUAUGUGUGGCAGCUGUAGCCUUACAAAAUGUAUUUCUUAAAUAAUAAGACCUGAAAGUUGAAAUUAUGUCUGGAUCAUGGGCUGCAGAAUGGAUGUUGUGUCAGUAGCUGUGUAAACAACAUCAGUCUCGUACAUCUCCAUCAGAAUUCUUGGGUGACCAGAUGCAUUGUCAACGAGCAGCAAUAUUUUGAAAGGAAUCAUUUUUUUUUUCUGAGCAGUAGGUCUCAACAGUGUUUGGGUUUGCAGUAUUUCGUGUACCAUGUUGUAAACAGAAGUACUGUCCGGACUUUGUUACAUCACUGACAGAGCACAGGCAGAGUAGGUUGAGCAUAAUUCUUAAAGGCCCUAGGAUUUUCAGAGUGGCACAUGAGCACAGGCUUUCACUUGAAGCCAGCAGCUGCAUUAGCCCCUACCAACAGAGUCAACCUGUCCUUUGAAGCCAGAUGUUGACUUCUCUCCAGCUAAGAAAGUCCUAGAUGGCAUCUUCUUCUGAUAUAAGGCCGUUGCAUCCACACUGAAAAUCUGUUGUUUGGUGGAGCCACCUUCAUUAACGAUCACAGCUGGAGCUUCUGGAGAACUUGCUGGAGCUUCUACAUCAGCACUCGCUGCUUCACCUUGUAGUUUCAUGUUAUGGAGAAGGUGUCUUGUCUUCCCUUAAACCUUACGAACCAACCUCUGCUGGCUUCCAACCUGUCUUCUGUGGCUUCCCUACCUCUCUCAGCCUUCACGGAAGUGAAGAGAGUGAGGGCCUUGCUCUGGAUUAGGCUUUGCCCCCAGGGAAGGUUGUGGCUGGUUGGAUCUUCUCUGCAGGCCAUGAAGACUUUCUCCUUGUCAGCAGUGAGGCUGUUUCUCUUAUGUGUGUGUUCACUGGGGUAGCACUUUUAAUGUCCUUCAAGAAUUUUUCCUUUACAUUCACAACUUGCCUAACUGUUUGGGGCAAGAGGCGUAGCUUUUGGCUUCUCUCAGCUUUCAAUAUGCCUUCCUCACUGAGGUUAAUCAUUUCCACCUUCUGAUUUCAAGUGAGAGAUGUGUGACUCUUCCUUUCACGCAGACACUUAGAGGCCACCGUAGGGUUACUAAUU